CUUUGAUAAUAGUGUAAAAAUAUCCUCAAAAUGAGUCUUUUAAUGGCCAGAAUUUCACGAAAUAUGUGUCUUUGCCAGCCGGCGUUACGAUUGGUUGCUUACCAGUGCCGAAUGUUGAGUACGGUUGCGGAUCCACCGGCUGAGCAACCAGCGGAAUUCUACGACAUAAUUAUCGCCGGUGGAGGAAUGGUCGGUACAACACUUGCUUGUUCGUUAGGUAAAAAUCCCCAGCUGGCAGACCGGCGAAUUUUGCUGCUGGAAGCAGCUGCCGGCUUCAAACCGUGUUCGGCUGACGCGUACAGCAAUCGGGUGUCGGCCAUCAGUAAGGGAACGCACCGGUUAAUGCAGGCGAUCGGUGCUUGGCCCCAAAUCGAGGCAACUCGCGUCAAACCGGUCCUCAAGAUGCAGGUUUGGGAUGCCUGCUCGGAUGCACUGAUCACCUUCAACUACGACGAUCUGGCGGAUAACAUUUCCUGGAUCGUUGAGAACGACGUACUGCUGGCAAGUGUUUAUCGGCAGCUGGAAACGGUGAAAUCGGUUGAGAUUCGAUACUCGGCCCGGAUAGAGGAGUGCCGGUUGAUUCGAGACGGAGCCGAUAUGAGUACGGUUCGGUUGGAGAACGGCAGCCGGCUGAAGUGCGAGUUACUGAUCGGAGCUGACGGGUACAAUUCCUUAGUACGCCGCUCAAUGGGAGUCGAUAACUUUACACUGGCCUACAAUCAGAUGGGUGUAGUGGCGACCCUUAAACUGGCCGGUAGGCCAGCAAAUAACGUUACAGCUUGGCAACGUUUUCUGCCGACCGGUCCCAUUGCCUUGCUGCCGCUGAACGACGAAAUGAGCUCGCUGGUCUGGUCAACGAGCGUGCCGGAGGCUAAGCGAUUGUUGCAGCUGGACGAGCCGUCGUUCGUCGCGGCGAUCAACGAAGCUUUCAACAAGACGUAUCCAAGAAACAACGUCAUCGAGGACGUUAUGAAAAAUGUAAACUCCCUUAUUUCUACCUCAUCGGGAAGUAGACUGGAGCGUGCUCCAGUCAUUGAAAGUGUGCUGGAAAAAUCGCGUGCCGCCUUUCCGCUCGGACUGGGCCAUACCAGUACCUACGUUGGCCAGGGAGUUUGUCUAAUCGGUGACGCUGCCCAUCGAGUGCAUCCCCUGGCCGGUCAAGGGGUCAAUCUGGGCUUCGGCGACGUCCAGUGCCUUACGGAAACCCUUGCGGAAGCAAACUACAGCGGUCUUGGAUUGAACAACCUUGCUCAGCUGACCAAAUACGAACAGGAACGAUUGAAGCACAACGUUCCGGUGCUGCUGACAACGCACGGUUUGCAGCGAUUGUAUACGACCGAUUUCCCGCCGAUCGUUGGUCUGCGAAGUAUUGGCCUGACCAUCACCAAUGUAUUGCCUCCGGUAAAGAAAUUUUUGAUGAAUUAUGCCAUGUCUUAAACUGGAGCGCCAUACGGAGAACACCAAGCACAUCGUGCGUUCGUUGGUUGCGAUACAGUGUACGAAUGAGUUUGCAUGGAAUUCGAAGAAUUCGCUUUGCAGAUCAGUGACGAGUGAGAGUGAGAACAUUUUUAAUUAGCUGCAUUCUGUCGUUCAGUUGCUAGCCGGUUAAUUCCGCAUUAUAAAUCUUCAAAUUGUAGGAACCGAGUGCUGUGGCAAGAUGAAAACUGGGCGGUGAUGAUUAUGCUGAGUGGAUUACUAUUAUUUAUGGGUGAAACGACAUCAAACGAUCAUUUAAGUUCUUGUUAAAAACGCAUCUACCUAAUUCGAGUGUGCGUUGUUGUAAAACGUACUUAUUAUUAUGCUGACCGU